GAGGGCAAGAGAGGAAGGCAAAAGCUGCACCAGGAGAGUCUCGACCCAGAGAAAUGGCUAGCAGGAAGACCAAGAAGAAGGAAGGUGGCGCUCUUCGUGCUCAGAGGGCCUCAUCCAAUGUCUUUUCCAACUUCGAACAGACACAGAUUCAGGAAUUUAAAGAAGCAUUCACACUGAUGGACCAGAAUAGGGAUGGAUUUAUCGACAAGGAGGACUUGAAGGACACCUACGCCUCCCUAGGUAAGACUAAUGUUAAAGAUGAUGAGCUGGAUGCCAUGCUGAAGGAGGCCUCAGGCCCCAUCAACUUCACAAUGUUCCUGAACCUGUUUGGAGAGAAGCUGAAUGGGACAGAUGCAGAGGAGACAAUACUGAAUGCCUUCAAGAUGCUGGACCCAGACGCCAAAGGGAGCAUCAACAAGGAUUACAUAAGGCGCUUGCUGAUGUCCCAGGCUGACAAGAUGACUGCAGAAGAGGUUGACCAAAUAUUCCAGUUUGCUUCCAUUGAUGCAGCUGGAAACCUGGACUAUAAAGCUUUGAGCUACAUCAUCACCCAUGGAGAGGAGAAGGAAGAAUAACAAGGC